AUGUCGCCCUUACAAAGACCUCUUUUGCAGGGUAGAGAUUCUUCGGGGAACGAAGUUUCUUUACUCAAUAUCACUCAGGAAACGGAGGCAUCUCCAUAUCCUGUAUCACAAGCACAACCAGAACAAUCACUACCAUCAUUUUUACACUUCGAGAAAGGAAGACCAAUGUUUGUCUUAGGAGGACCACGCGCCGCACCCCCCAUGGUUCGAAUCAAUUCGAAUAUAUCAACUACAAGCACUACAUCUGCACCAAGUUUGUUGCGUUCGAAUUCUUCCAAUUCUUAUGGUACAAAUGAAGCUCAAUCUCCGAUUACACCCACUUUCACACCCACUGGCAACGCUCAUGGAAGAAGUUACUUUUUCCCACAGCAAUAUGAAAAUGAAAAUCCUUACUUUGAGCACAAUUCCAUGGGAGAAUUUCAACCCAACUCCUCUCUAGCAUCCAUCACUCAAAUGGCAAUGCAAUCCAACAACAUGCAACAAUACCCCGAACAACAACACUCCAUACAGCAUCUUUUUCAUGGAGGACCACACCAUGGAGUCACUAACCCCGUUCCGGCCAAAAAACGUUACUCAUGUAAAUACAAGGUCGAAUAUCAAUGCGACAGAACCUUCACUACAUCCGGCCAUGCAUCCCGACAUCUCAAAAUUCAUACUGCCGAGAAGAUGAUUCCGUGCAUUUUUCCUAAUUGCGAGAAGAAGUUUACCCGGAAGGACAACAUGAAGCAACAUCUAGAAACCCAUAGUAGGCCGAGAUCUAAAGGGAAUCCACUGCUCACAAAGCCUGCACGAGUGCAGAAGAACAACAAAUCUAAACUCAGAAUCGCAUUCCCUUCUCAAAUGUUAGCAUCGGUGAUAGCUCCAUUGAAUUUACGAGACCAUGAACAUCAGCUCCAAUACCAAUAUCAAAUCCAACCCCAUGGAUAUCAGCUCCAACCCCAAGAACAUCAACUCCAACACCAUCCAUCCGCGGGUAUGGCGCAACCAUUACCAUCGAAUCAUCAAGCAGGGCUCCCAAUACUUACCAGAAGGGAAGGUCCAACCAGCAAUCUAGACCUAUUGGCAGAUGCAGCAUUGAAUUGA